UUGUCGCUUUCACUUUUGGCUAGAAAUUUCCUCUGCGAGUUAAGGUCCUUGAACAAAGAGCUCCACGCUCUCAGAAGCUACUGCGAUCUCUCAUGUAAUGUGCAAGCCUGUCACCGACUGUUUCUUUUCCAGGGAACAUUGUCUCCUCGACUAGGGACCUAGUUACCGUCGACACCAAAACCACAAGCUUUCUUUUAAAAGAAACCAUGGAAACCACAGCCUUUCGACUUCACUAACGCAAUUGACUCCCUAAUGGUGAUGCAGUAAACCAUCCAGAUUUAAAAUAUACGAACUCCCAAAGUGUGCCCACCCUUCCGCAGUUCACGGAACUUCAGCCUGGAGGAGUACGGCCUCUCGCAGCCCACCCUGGAGCAGGUGACUCUGGCUUUGCAGGAACUGUAGAUUCCUCCUUUGACUACUCAUCAAAUAUUGAAAAAGCCCCUGAUGGCAGCAUAAAGAGGAACCUUCACCGGUUCAGUUGCAGCUCUACAGAUAGGAAUAUUUGUUGGAGGGGGCUAUCAGGAAGACCCCGGGGUUGGCCGCAGCAGUCAGAGGCUGCUCGCCCCUCCCCUGUCCCUGGAACGUAGGCCCCAUCCACCAGAGCCAUUUUGAAGGUCACAACCUUGAGAGAGCAAUGUGCUGCUGAGACCGUUUGGAGGGUUUACGUGAUCGAACCCCGUUAAGGACUCUGGGUAAACAUUUAAGAUUCUGGCCUGGGUGCAGACAUCUACUCGUCUGGAGGUGUGGGACACAAGCCUUAUAAGGCAAAAUGAUUAAGAGGGAGAUAAGUGUGUGUCAACAAACAUGCGCAUUAUUAUGCAAGAACCUUCUUAAAAAAUGGAGAAUGAAGAGAGAGCCCUUAAUGGAAUGGCUAAGCUCAUUGCUCCUACUGCUUUUUUUGUAUGAAUAUCCUAUUUAUCAUGAAGCUCAUGAUUUUUCUUCACUGCCCGCCAUGGACCUGGGACCAGUAGAUUCAUUCAAUGAUACUACAUUUGCUAUUGCAUUCACACCGGUCACCAACGUAACCCAGCAGAUCAUGGACAAAGUAGCCUUAGCCUCCUUCAUGAAAGAUAGAGAAGUCUUGGGACUGUCCAGUGAAGAAGAUAUUCAAGAAUUAAGGACACAUUAUCUUGCAGAAAUAAUACAAGUCAGCUUUUCUAAUACAUUCUCGUAUCAUUUGAAAUUCUCACUGGGAUACAGAAUCCCAACGAUCAAGGAACACAGGGACCAUACAGGUCAUUGUUUUGAAAUGGGUACUGAAGAAGUUAGCUGCCAAGUUUCACAAUACUGGGAAAAAGGUUUUCUGGCUCUUCAAGCCGCUAUCAAUGCUGCUAUUAUAGAAACCACAACAAAUCAUUCAGUAAUGGAGGAAUUGAUGUCUGUCACUGGAAAAAAUAUGAAGAUACAUCCUUUUGUUUAUCAAGGAGGUGUUGCCACUGAUUUCUUCAUUUUCUUCUGCAUCAUUUCCUUUUCCUCCUUCAUUUAUUAUGCGUCUAUUAACGUUACAAAGGAGAGGAAGAAGAUGAAGGGCUUGAUGAGGAUGAUGGGUCUUCGAGAUUCGGCCUUCUGGCUCUCCUGGGGUUUACUCUAUGCUGCCUUCAUCUUUGUUAUGGCGCUUUUCUUGACACUUGUUAUAAAAUCUGUCCAGUUUGUCCUUCUGACUGGCUUCGUGGCGAUCUUUAUCCUUUUUUUCCUCUAUGGACUGUCUCUGAUAGCUUUGGCUUUUCUCGUGAGCGUCUUGGUAAAGAAAUCUUUCCUCACUGGUCUGGUCGUGUUCCUUCUUACCGUCUUUUGGGGGAGUUUGGGAUUUACGGCAUUGUACAGGCACCUUCCUACAUCCUUGGAGUGGAUUUUAAGUUUUCUGAGCCCCUUUGCCUUCACUCUUGGAAUGGCCCAGCUCUUACGUUUGGAGAAUGACUUGAAUUCUAAUGCAUUUCCUGAUCCAUCAGACUAUUCAAAUCCGAUCAUAGCAACAAAUUUCAUGUUGGCUUUUGAUCUUUUCCUCUAUAUGGCACUGACGAUUUAUUUUGAGAAAAUUUUGCCAAAUAAAUAUGGACAUCAAUAUCCCCCCUUGUUUUUCCUGAAGUCUUCCUUCUGGUCACGGCAACCAAAAGCUGAUUGUGUGGCCCUUGAAGAUGAAAUACAUUCUGAUCCUUCAUCUAAUGACUCUUUUGAGCCAGUGUCUCCAGAAUUCCAUGGCAAAGAAGCCAUCAGAAUCAGAAAUGUUACCAAAGAAUAUAAAGGAAAGGGUAAAAUAGAGGCUUUGAAGGGUCUGGUAUUAGACAUAUAUGAAGGCCAGAUCACUGCAAUACUUGGUCACAGUGGAGCCGGGAAAUCAACACUGUUAAACAUUCUUAGUGGGCUAUCAGUUCCCACCAAAGGUUCAGUCACCAUUUAUAAUAAUAAGCUUUCAGAAAUGGCUGACCUCGAUAAUGUCAGCAAGCUCACUGGGAUUUGUCCGCAAUCCAACGUGCACUUUGAUUUCCUCACCGUGAAAGAAAAUCUCAGGCUGUUUGCUAAAAUAAAAGGAAUUCGGCCGCAUGAACUGGACAAAGAGAUACAAAGAGUUUUGCUGGAGUUGGAGAUGAAAAACAUCCAGAACGUCCUUGCUCAAAACUUAAGUGGCGGACAGAAAAGAAAACUCAGCUUUGCGAUUGCCAUUUUAGGAGAUCCUCAGGUUUUCCUAUUGGACGAACCAACUGCGGGACUGGAUCCCUUUUCAAGGCACCUUGUGUGGAACCUCCUGAAGGAGUGGAAAGCAGACCGUGUGGUCCUCUUUAGUACCCAGUUCAUGGAUGAGGCUGACAUCCUGGCUGAUCGGAAAGUGUUUCUCUCCAGCGGGAAGCUGAAGUGUGCAGGCUCUUCUCUGUUCCUCAAGAAGAAAUGGGGCAUUGGAUAUCACUUAAGUUUGCAGUUGAAUGAAAUGUGCGUUCAGGAAAAAAUAACAUCGCUGGUUAAACGGCACAUCCCCGAUGCCAAAUUAUCAGCAGAAAGUGAAGGAAAACUUGUCUACACAUUGCCCUUGGAAAGAACAAGUAAAUUUCCAGCGCUUUACGAGGAUCUGGAUAGGUGUCCUGGCCUUGGAAUCGAGAAUUACGGUGUUUCCAUGACAACCUUGAACGAAGUGUUCCUGAAACUAGAAGGAAAAUCAGCUGUUGAUGAAUCAGAUAUUGCCACGUGGGGAGAAGCCCCGUCAGAAAGAGCUGGAGAUACAGAGAGGCUUGUUGAGACAGAGCAAGUUCUCAGUUCGCUUAAUGAGAUAAGCCAGACCAUAGGCGGAAUGGCUCUUUGGAGACAGCAAAUCUGUGCGAUUGCAAGGGUUCGCUUCUUGAAAUUAAAGCAUGAAAGGAAAGCUCUUUUAUCACUGCUCUUGAUUCUCGGAUUUGGAGUUUGCCCUCUUCUCACAGAGAUCAUCACCGUGAAAGUGUAUCAACAGAGCUACACUUGGGAACUUUCUCCUCGUUUGUACUUCCUGGCACCUGGACAACAGCCACGUGAUCCUCUCACGGGAUUACUGAUUAUCAACAAAACAGGGGCAAGCAUUGAUGACUUUAUACAUUCUGUGGAGCAUCAAAACAUAGCUUUGGAAGUGGAUGCAUUUGGAACUAAAAAUGCCCUAGAUGACCCAUCUUAUAAUGGAGCCAUCAUAGUGUCUGGUAAUGAAAAGUGUUACAGAUUUUCAUUAGUAUGCAAUACCAAAAGACUAAAUUGCUUCCCAGUUCUCAUGGAUAUUAUUAGUAAUGCACUACUUGGAAUGGUUAAGCCAUCAGCACACAUCCAAACUGAUAGAAGUACAUUUUCAAGGGAGUCACAGAGAAAUUCGUUUGUAUUUUGGGAACAUACCUUAUUAUGGGCGAUUUUGGCAUCCUCUUGUACUCCUUAUAUUGCAAUGAGCAGCUUCGAUGAUUAUAAGAACAAAGCUCAGUCCCAGCUCCGGAUUUCAGGCCUCUUCCCUUCUGCUUACUGGUUUGGGCAGGCGCUGGUGGAUGUCCCAAUGUACUCCCUGAUCUUACUGCUUAUGUAUUUAUUAGACUACGGCUUAAACUUCAAAGAGUCUGCGUUUGUAACUGUAAAUCAGACUAUACAAAUCCCCUGUUCUAUUGGCCAUGCCUUCUCAGUUAUCUUCUUGACAUACGUGAUUUCGUUCAUUUUUCGCAAGGGGAGGAAAAAUAGUGGCAUUUGGUCUUUUUCCUUCUUUAUGAUCUCCACCUUCUCUUUGUUUUUAUUUACGCUAUUGGAUUACUUUGGAUAUGAUGUGCUGUAUUACAUCACCUUUUUAAUACCACAAGCCACCUUAAUUGGCUGCAUGUUCUUGUUUCUUUAUCAAGUCGAGUCUUCUCUUUGGACUCAAGAACCAACAAGGGCAGAGCCAUUUCUGGUAUUCUUAAUUCCUUUCCUUCAUUUUAUCAUCUUCCUUUUUAUUCUUCGGUGUCUGGAAUGGAAGUUCGGAAAGACAUCAAUGAGGAAAGAUCCUUUCUUUAGAAUUUCUCCAAGAAGCAACAACGUGUAUCAAAAUCCAGAAGAUCCAGAAGGGGAGGAUGAAGAUGUCCAAAUGGAAAGAGUGAGAACAGCAGAUGCCUUGAAUUCCACGAACUUUCAUGAGAGACCGGUCAUUAUUGCCAGCUGUCUACGCAAGGAGUAUGCAGAGAAGAGGAAGCACUGCUUUUCCAAGAGGAAGAAGAAAAUCGCCACGAGAAAUGUCUCUUUCUGUGUUAGAAAAGGUGAGGUUUUAGGAUUAUUAGGACACAAUGGAGCUGGUAAAAGUACAUCCAUUAAGGUGAUAACUGGAGACACAAAACCAACUGCUGGACAGGUGCUACUAAAGGGGAGCUGUGAAGAGGACUCCCCAGGUUUCCUAGGGUACUGUCCUCAGGAGAACGUGCUGUGGCCCAACCUGACCACGAAGGAGCACUUGGAGGUGUUCGCUGCCGUGAAAGGGCUCAGGAAAGCCGAUGCGGCAGUCACCAUCACAAGGCUGGUGGAUGCACUCAAGCUUCAGGACCAGCUGAAGCUGCCCGUGAGGACCUUAUCCGAGGGAAUAAAGAGGAAGCUGUGCUUCGCGCUGAGCAUCCUGGGAAACCCAUCGGUGGUGCUUCUGGACGAGCCGUCCACGGGGAUGGACCCCGAGGGGCAGCAGCACAUGUGGCAGGCAAUCCGGGCCACCUUUAAGAACACAGAGAGAGGCGCCCUCCUGACGACCCACUACAUGGCAGAGGCGGAGGCCGUGUGUGACCGCGUGGCCAUCAUGGUGUCCGGAAGGCUGAGGUGUAUCGGUUCCAUCCAACACCUGAAGAGCAAAUUUGGCAAGAAUUACCUACUGGAGAUGAAAGUGAAGGCCCUCGAGCAAAGGGAAAGCCUCCACCGCGAAAUCCUGAGGGUUUUCCCCCAGGCUGCUCGGCAGGAAAGGUUCUCUUCGGUGAUGGUCUAUAAAGUGCCAGUGGAAGAUGUUCGACCUUUAGCACGAGCUUUCUUCAUGUUAGAGAAGGUUAAACAGAGCUUCGACCUGGAGGAGUACAGCCUCUCGCAGUCCACCCUGGAGCAGGUGUUCCUGGAGCUCUCCAAGGAGCAGGAGCUGGAUGACUUUGACGAAGAACUUGACCCCUCAGUUAGAUGGAAGCUCCUCCCCCAGGAGGACGCUUGACGCGCCAAAACCUCUAUUUCCUUUCAAGCCUGCAGUUGGUUUUUUUGAGACAUUUAUUUUUAUAGCUUCAAUGUCAGAUUUCUAGAAACUAUACUGUAAACACAACAUGAUUCUUCCUGUGGUGGAGAGAAGGAGCAAGCGCUGGGCAAUUGCAGUGACCGCGUGGACAGAGGCACAUGACUGAGCCCGCCUCCUGGUCACAGCCUCUGUGUCUCUGCAGGUGGCCCUGAUUCCCUAUUUCUGCAUAAUACUGAACAAGCAAACUCAUUCUUACGAGACUGUUUCAUUUUCUGAGUACAAUAAACACAGUGGGUUCAA